AAAAGUGUAUGUACAGAAAGAGAAUAAAAAGUGCGUAAAAAUAAUAAAAUUUGAUAUCCUUAGCUUGGUGAUAAGGAAAAUGAAGGUGGUCCAAUUGGCUCAGCCAUUCGUCGUCCCUACUUUUUGCCAUCAUCUGAAGCCGCCCAGAGCAGUUUCCAAGCAUAACCAUGAUUUCACCAUUUCGUUAACCCUCAAGAGGAAAGCAGCAGAGAUAUCCCCAGACUUGAAAGGAACUUGUUUAUUCCUUGUUGGAAUAAACAGCUCCAUCAAAUCUAACUCCGCUCAACUUCUUGCAGACGCACUGCGCUAUUAUUAUUUUGACAGCGAUAGUGUUGUUGAACAAGCUUUGGGAGGAAAGGAUGCUGUCCGGUCGUUUAUGAAGACAGACUUGAAGGGAUUUCGUGAUUCGGAGACGGAGGUACUGAAGCAGUUGUCAUCCAUGGGUCGCCUUGUUGUUUGUGCUGGGAAUGGUGCAGUUCAGUGUGCAGCAAAUCUGGCGCUUAUGAGACACGGCAUAUCAAUAUGGAUCGAUGUCCCCUUGGAUAUGGUAGCCAAGCAGAUUGUGGAGGAGAAAUUUCAACUUCCUGCUGCUGAAGCAAUAAAUGGAUCAUAUUCCGAGGUGUUGACUCAAUUAACUGCUAUUUAUGAAGAUAGCCGUAAUGGAUAUGCUACAGCUGAUACAACUAUUGCACUACAGAAUACUGCUUCUCGGCUAGGCUAUGAUACACUGGACGCAGUGACCACAGAAGAUAUGGUUUUGGAGACUCUGAAGGAGGUAGAGAGAUUGAUGAGAUCAAAAAAGUUGAUGGAAGAAGCUGCCAGGCCAUUUUAGUUUCAUUCACCACCAAUAACAAUUAUUUAUUUUGGUUAGUUCUGAUUAGUGUUGUUGACAUGGGUGUUUGGUGAUUUUCUUUUAAUCUCAUCCUUCUAAUGAACGGGACUGAGAAUGUAUUUAUUUACCUUCAUCCAUUUAGAAAAGCUAACAUUAUUCUGGAGGUACCAGACCUCUUCCUAGGCUUGCUCUUUUAUAUGAUGGGAACUCAAGACAACCAAACUAUCAUUCAUUAUGUUAUUUUCAAUUUCUACCAAUGUUGGUGAUGGAUGA